CCUUUCUCCCUCCUCCCUUUCACCACUCUCUAAUUACACAAAACUCUGCCACCAUGCUCUCCACCCUCCCUCCCUCAGACCCUCUUCUCGACAACCCAUUCUCCGCCUUCCACGGUGGUUUCCCGCAGUGGGAUUUUCACGACCUAUUUUCAGAUGAUAUCAAACCCACAAGCCCUAAAACUAUCACUUCAAGUUCCGGUUCAGAUGAACCAAACCAACCCCAUGACAAACGUAAACCGGACUCAGACGAACCGAACCACGGGGUGGUCGAUGAGCGUAAGCGCCGACGCAUGAUAUCGAACCGGGAAUCAGCCCGAAGGUCACGGAUGCGUAAGCAAAGACAUGUUGAGAAUCUAAGGAACCAGUUGAACAAGUGUAGAAUGGAAAACCGGGAGAUGAAAAACCGGUUACAAUUCAUUUUGUUUCACUUGAACCGGAUACGAACCGAAAAUGAAUGGCUCCGGUCUGAGCGAACCGUGCUGAACCAAAGAAUCAACAACUUUACUCAAAUUUUGGUUUGCCAACAAUUUCAACCUUUCUCCACUGCAUGGACAUGUAACACUACUAUGGUGGAAUAAAUCACCUUGAUUAAUCAAGUGAAUUAAGGAUUAAUCAAGUAAAUUAAUUAUAAUAUAAUCUUGGUUAAAAUUCUAAGACAAAGUAGUAAUUUGUCUGUGUAAAUUAUUAAAAUUAGAUAAAAAUGCUAAAGAGUCUGGGGAUUUUCCGUGGUAUUUUUUGGGGAUCCAAAAGCUAGAAUAGGUUUUGGAAAAUAUUGUAAAUUUUUUCAAAACCACAAGGGUAAUAUAUACUUUCGAUUAUAAUCAAUAUAUGUAUGUAUAUAUUAUCCUAUUUUUGUUUAAUCUAUAUAUGGGUUGCUUUCCUUGUGUA